UAAAAAGCUCUUCAGCUUCACUGAGAGGAAGAUGCAGACUUUCCCGUGUCAGAUAAAGACACCGCCGAGCUGUUAAAUGGCGAGGUCAGAUUGGCAACCCUCAGGGAUGUAAAAGUUACGGUGUAAAAAAAAGAAAAAUGUGACUUUAAAAGUUUUCUGAGAAGCGGGAAAGAGCGACGUUGCGACUGAGAGCAGCUUUCUCUCCCAGAUGGAGACAGACCUGAGGCUGGAGUCGAGUCUGUGGGUCGGGAGUAAGAGAUACCGGGCAGUCCUGACAGGCUGGCAUUUCAACUGGACCGAGGUAGAUAAGAAGAAUCGCGAUAAGAAAACAAUCUCAGUACCUGUGGCGGAGGUGGUUGGAGUGGAGGAGGGCCGGGUGGAGAUCCUGCCCCAGAAAUCGGUUGAGGAUAAAGACAAAGACUUCACAGUUUUCUAUGUGAAGCGCAGCAGCAGCGGGGGCUCUUCUGGGUUGCUAUGGAGACUGGGCCGGACCCAGUUCAGCUGCCCCAGUCGGGUCCUCAGAGACCAGUGGACGAAACAUCUAAGGACUGCUCUAAAAACGCACAGUCCAUUGCGCCCACACAGACUGUUGGUGUUCAUCAACCCCUUUGGAGGAAAGAAGAAGGGAAGAAAGAUCUACCAUUCUCUGGUUGCCCCUCUGUUUGAGCUGGCUGGUAUCAGCUCUCAUGUAAUAGUGACUGAGCGGGCAAACCAGGCCAGAGACCACCUCCUGAAGAAAGACCUGACGGGCUUUGACGGUGAAAUGCUUCACGGUUUGAUCGGGCGGACUCAACAAGAGGCAGGCCUUUGUGAGAACGAUCCCGCUGUCACAUUACAGCCUUGUCCGCUUCAUAUUGGCAUCAUUCCUGCAGGUUCUACAGACUGUGUGUGCUAUGCCACAGUGGGAGUGAUCGACCCUGUCACUUCAGCUCUGCACAUUGUCAUUGGAGACUCUCAGCCUUUGGAUGUGUGUUCAGUUCAUCAUGCCUCUACUCUGGUGCGCUACUCUGUGUCUCUGGUGGGCUAUGGCUUCUAUGGGGACGUGCUGGCAGAGAGUGAAAAGCACCGCUGGAUGGGACCUCUCAGAUAUGACUAUUCAGGCACGAUGGUGUACCUGAGCAACAGAAGCUAUGCAGGCAUAGUUCAGUAUCUGCCCGCAGACCCGCUGCUCUCCAGCCCCAGAGAUAAAACACGCUGCCUCUCAGGGUGCAGUGUGUGCUCCAGAAGCACAGAAAGACUUUUCCCCCACGCCGCAGAUUCAGGAUCCCUGUACAGCUCCAACCUCAGCCAGUUCAGUAGUGACUCAGAAGGCGAGUGGGUGAGUGUGGAGGGCAGGUUCAGGUGUGUGUCUCUCACUUGUAUGUCCAGCUCAUGUCCCAGGAGCCCUCUGGGCCUCUCUCCUUCUGCUCACCUGGCGGACGGAACAGGAGACCUCAUCCUGGUAUGGGACACUCACCCGCUGGGCUUCCUCAAGUUCCUCUAUAGGCACACGAGCACACAGGACCAGUUUGACCUGCCGUUUGUGGAGGUCCACAGAGUGAAGGCUGUUCGUUUCUCCGUCCCCUCUGGAAAAGAGGAGGAAGCGUAUGAAGAGAUUGUGGGGCAGAGCGGUGGGAUAGAGGAAGAGGAGAGAGGGUACGUGGAGACUGUAAGCAGGAGCGGCUCUCAGCAGCACCUGGCGGAGAGAGACACGGGGCGACAAAUGACAAACGAGCAGAAAACGGCGAAUCCCUUUCUGUGCGGCCUGUGCUGCAGUAAAUCUCCCUCUGUGUCAGUGUGGAACUGUGACGGAGAGAUUCUGCCUUUCACCGAGAUCCUCUGCAGGAUUCAUGGCCAGCUGGUGCGUCUGUAUGCCAGGGGCAUCGAGGAUGGCACAGCCGCGCAACACUGCAGUGAGGAACGUGACAAGUGUGAAAGGAGAUGCAUCCUACACAAAUAGUCUCACCUAAGAGAGAAAGAGGGAGGCAAGGCUUUGGGUUUGGAAUUUACAGACAUGCGGCCUGUCAUGGCCAAAGAGUUCCUAAUAUUUAAGGUACUUUCAUAGGUUUUUCUCAUUGCAAUGAUGAAGAAAGAUUAUUUAUUCUUAAAUCAGUGUGUGUGCGUUCAAUACUACUCCUUCAAACACUAUAAACACUUACCUGAAGUGCAGGUUUUUUUUACUUAUUCAGUCCAACACAGUAUACAUUGUGUGUAUGCAGCUUUUUUUAUGUACAUUUUAUUCAUUUUCACUUGAGGUUCUAGAGAAU